AUGCGAGAGUGUUACACUCCGUACAUUUAUGCGAAACGAAUCGAGCUGGUGAGCAUGAAGGAACAACGAUCGUCGAUACUAUCGUCGUUCGAAUUCGGAUUUCACGUCACGGUUGGAAUAGCAAUGAUACCGAUAUGGUGUCUUUCCCUAUCCACUGUACACUCCUUGUUCGGUCGCAUCUGUAGGUUUAACUCGGCGGUUCCUCCGUUCGAGGAACGAAGUAUCAAUGAAAUACUUACUUCGCCGCAUCCGUCCAGCCCUACUGAAAAUGAAAACUUGAACGACGAACAACAGCGUCUUUCGGGCCACGCGUCCCUCACGGCAGUACACGGAUUCUUUCAAGGCGUCUUCCUCGAUUGUGCACGAAGAACGAUUUAUCGAAGUACAGAGAAGUAA